CGCUCGCUGAUAGCGGUAAAAUCGGAGCAGCAGCAAUCCGUAUCCGAACGGGCGGAUUCACAACGAAUCGUAUAUACAGAUAUACAGCUAUACAGAUAUACAGCUAUACAGAUUGAUAUACGGAUAGGGAAAGCAACGAGAGACGUUCUCUCGCUGACGCCGCUGCCAGCGUCGACGUCGCUGCCAAAUCUAGGCGAAAAUCGCAACACUUGGCAUAUAUGCCACAUGGCACUUGGCCGCACUCUCCGAAUCCCCGGCUAAAAGUCAAGUGCAGGAGCAGCAACAGCAGCAGCAGCAGCAGCAGCAGCUGAAGCAACUGCGGCGCCAGCAGAGUUUUCCAAGCUCGGCGGCAGAGAUUCACUCUCGGACGGGCGCCGGCGUCAGCGUUCCACGGAUCCGUGAUUAGGUUUUUACGGUGUUUCAGUCCGCUCGAUGACGCCGAAGCCAGCAGUUAUGCGACCAGCAGUAGCAGCAGCAGCAGCAGUCCGAGCAGCAGCAGCAGCAGCCUUAAAGCCCUAAAUCUGUGACACUUCCUUCCGGUAGCCGUAGCCACGUUGCGUAUACGCCACCGUAACCGCAUUCGCAUGCCGUCGCGUAAAACCGAAAACAGAAAACAGUUUCAGUGCCAAAUCAAAAGAACAAAAGUCCGCUGACAAAAGCCUAAGUUAAUCGAAAGCAAAAACACAUAGAAGAAAAAGAAACUUAAACUUAUUUGAAUCAGUGAUAAAUCCGUUAUGGACGUGGCCAAAAUGCAAGCCACUUCCGGUCAGCAUCUGCUGCAUCCGGCCGCACCGCCCGCCCACCAACACCACCUGCCCCUCGACUACAGCCUGGGCAACUUUAAGCCAGCGAUUGCGGCAGACUUUCCCGGACCCUUCCUCACCAGCCAGCAAUCCUCGUCGGCCUCCAAUUCCGUCUCCUCCGCCGCCACCGCUCCGCUGCAGGUGCGGGAUCUCAGCGCGCUGACGGCCAUGGCCACGAUACCAUCGCCCACCCAGCUGCUCCACCAGCGCAUCCAGAUGUCCGCGGACGCGGCCUUGGGCCAUCACCAGCAGCAGCCGGCACAGAAUCCCAAUCCCAAUCCCAAUCACCCGCAGCCACAGAUGCCGCCGGCCUCCACGUCGCCGCACGAGUACGCGCCCAUGUCCGCCUUCAAAGCGGUGCUGCCCAAGAAGCGAAACUCCGACGAUGCCUCGCUAGCAUUUAGCAUAAGCAGACUGGUCAAGACUGAACAACUGACGGCGAUGGCGGCAGCGGCGGCCGUUGGCCUAAAGCCGCCGACUCCACUGGAGGACAACAACAACUCAAUCUCGAUGCUGAGCAAAAACCAGCAGAUGCACCAGCACCAGCAGCACCACCAACAGCCGCAUCUUACCCAGCGCUCCAAGCCAGCCUUCAUCAGCGCCAGCGAGAAGCUGCGCCGCCAGUCGCGUUCCCGCUCCAGGUCGAGAUCCCGCAGUCCCUGCUCCUCGCAAAUCGACAUGGAGGACGCGGAAUCGAACCACUCGCAUCGUUCUCUGCACUCCCGGUCGAGAUCGCGCUCCCGUUCCCGCUCGCAUUCCCGCUCUCGCUCACAUUCGAGCAGCUCGUCGGUGGAACUGGAGGUGGACUCACCGCCCGGCAGUCCGCGUAUCAGCUCGCCCAGCGGCACCUCAGCCUCCGCCUCCGAGCUGCUGAUCACCGCCAAUGGCGGCGGUCGUAGCAUAGGCUCCAAGAAGUCGGAUCUUUUCUCAGUUUCGGCGCUGCUGCGGCGUGACGAACCUCCGCCACAGAGACGAACGCCACGCAGCCCGCCACUCGGUCAUCUGACCUCCAGCGGCCUGGCCAUGCCAUUCAAUCCGCUGGAGGCGAUGCGCCAGGGCUAUCCGCCCAACUAUGAUGCGGCCAUGUUCCAGCGACCGCUCUUCUCGCCCGCCCUGCCCUUCUUCGCCGCCGUCGCCUUCCACCAAGGUCAGCAGCAGCAGCAGCAACAGCAACAACAGCAAUCCGCUCUGGGAGCAGGCUACCAUCCGGAUUCGCAGGAAAAUCUCUUCCGUCUGCGCAGCCUGAUGGUGCCACUGCAGUCCGCCGGACAGAACAACUCCUCGGCGGCAGCAGCGGCGGCAGCUGCGGCAGCGGCGGCCGUCGGCGUGGGCGUUGGCGUCGGUGUGGGCGUGCCACCCAAUGGCGGGCAUCUGGGCCUGCCCCACUCGCCGCACCUGCACCACUUCCAUCACAUGGCCGCCAAGUGGCCGGGCCUGCACCAAUUCAGCGACCUGUACUCGUGCAUGAAGUGCGAGAAGAUGUUCUCCACGCCCCACGGCCUCGAGGUCCACUCCCGCCGGACGCACCACGGCAAGAAGCCCUACGCCUGCGAGCUCUGCAACAAGACCUUCGGGCACGAGGUCAGCCUCAGCCAGCACAGGGCGGUGCACAACGUGGAGAAGGUGUUCGAGUGCAAGCAGUGCGGCAAGCGCUUCAAGCGCUCCAGCACCCUGUCCACCCACCUGCUCAUCCACAGCGACACGCGGCCUUAUCCCUGCAACUACUGCGGCAAGCGGUUCCACCAGAAGAGCGACAUGAAGAAGCACACCUACAUCCACACGGGUGAGAAACCGCACAAGUGCCAGGUGUGCGGCAAGGCCUUCAGCCAGAGCUCCAACCUGAUCACGCACUCCCGCAAGCACACCGGCUACAAGCCCUUCUCCUGCAAGCUCUGCCACAAGGCCUUCCAGCGGAAGGUGGACCUGCGCCGGCACAAGGAGACCCAGCACACGGACCUGCGUGUCCACCUGGGCAAGGUGGACUUCAUGUCGGCGGCGGCGGCAGCGGCGGCCUCUGCGGAACUGAGUGCAGCGGCGGCGGGUGGAUCCGUUCCGGGCGGAGGACCAGCGGUAGGGAGCCAGGGAGUCGGUGCGGUUGGAGCGGCACCAAAUGGAGCUCCUCCGAUGGGGGCACUCAACUGCCAGAAGGUAUCGCUGCUGGCAUAACCAAACGGAGAGGCAAAAACCGAAACCGAAAUCGAAAUCAACCGCAACCAUUGUGCAAUAGACGGAAGUGAAAGGCUUCGCUAGGCAUUCUCAACCGCUUGAAACCGAACUCCAAAGAGAACAGAUUAAAACAAUUUAAAUAAUUUUAAGCCAGCCAGUUAAAAACGAAAAAAUAAUAAAAAAAAAAAAAGAAGAAAACUAUUUCCAAUGUUGCCAAAAGCCUAAAAUAGCAAAGACAAGAAUUGAAACCAAUUAAAGCUAAAGCAAGCACUAUAGUCAGUCUCAAGUUAUCAUUAAAGCGUAAUCACAUUGCCAUCUUACGAACAUACUAGUACCAAAGUAAUCCAGAGCAAAGGAGUUUCCACGUUUUCCCCUAUGUAACAUAUAUGUAUGUAUGUAUGUCCGUUUGUAUUGCUGUGGCCCGUGGGUCAGUUUAAAAUCAAAAUCAAAUUAAGAAAUUCCAUCAAUAUGAACUGUGCGUGUCGUACUUUGUGAAAUGUAACAAAACUAAACCAAAUCCAAUAUAUGAAAUAAAAGAAAAGAAUUUCGAAAUUUCGAACGCGCGAGGGCAAAACUAAAA